AAUUCCUGAGCAAAGUUGUGGUUUUUUUUCUGGGUUUUUUUGUUUUUGUUGUUGUUGCCUUUUUUUUUUUUGGAGCAGCCCCUAUACAUGCUGCCUCCGAGCUGCUCUCUUAUUACUGCUCACUUCCUGAAAGGAGACUUUUUAGCAAAGCCUCUAGCUCCAGCUCUGCCUGGGUCUGACAGAAGAAGGUUAUUGAGGAAGGCGACAUAAACUCUCAGCUUGGAAAAACUUUCUGACCCGCGCAGGACUGAGAGAGGAGCUUUUUUGGCUGCUGCUGGGAAAAAGGAGAAAGAAAGAAGAAGAAAAAAAAAAAGCUCAAGGAAUUAAAAGGGGGGAAAAAAGAAGAAAGAAGGGAAAACGCUAGAAAAGGAACCUUUGCAUUGUGCUGUGGGGCUGCUCUGGAACAAGAGAAUCACUUCAGAUAUUUGGGAUUCUCCAGGCAGUGUUUAGGGGCGAUGCCACCAAGAGCCUGCAGUUUGGAUUAGCCCAUGGUGACCCCGCAGUGGCCCGGGCACAGCACGUGGCACAGACAUCGUGGGCCUCUCUGCUUUGGGGAGAGCACAGAGUGGCCAAGGAUGCCUGCGGAGGGACCCAGGACUCCUGUCUCUACAUAAGUGGUGGCUGAGGGAGAGACAUGUUGGGACAGUGCCCCUCCAGCUGGCACAACACUCCCUGCGCCGAGACAAGCGUCGCUAACCAUGGCAAUAGCUUGGAGGCUUCUCACGUGGACUGUCAUCUUCACUGCAGCCCUGUGCAGCUUUCCAGGUUACAGCUUCCAGUCCCAAGAGGAGUUCCUCUCCAGCCUCGAUCACUAUGAAAUUGCAUUCCCCAUCCAAGUGGACCAAAACGGGGACUUCCUCACCUUUGACAUGAGAAGCCAGCUGAAGCCCCGGCCCCGCCGCAGCCUGGGCUCCUUGCCCUAUGAGCCAUCUGAGCAGCAGGUCUUCUACAAAGUCUCUGCCCACCGAACCCAGUUCCUCCUCAACCUGACCCUGCACUCCAACCUGCUGGCUGAGCACUUCACUGUUGAGUACUGGAAGCGGGAUGGCAUGGACUGGCAGCACGAUUUCCACGAGGACUGUCACUACGCCGGCCACCUGCAGGACCAGCACCUCAACUCCAAGGUUGCCAUCAGCAACUGCAAUGGACUGCACGGGGUGAUUGUGGCAGAUGAGGAGGAAUAUUUCAUUGAGCCCCUGAGCCCAGGAGCCAACGUCAGCGCGGGGGGCGAGGGCAAGGGCAGCCCCCACGUCGUCUACAAGCGAUCGUCGCUCCAGUACCCACACAUGGAUGCAGCCUGUGGAGUGCUAGAUGAGAAGCCCUGGAAGGGGAGGCACUGGUGGCUGAGGACACUGAAACCCUCUCCUCUGAAGCCAUCAGGCAACCACAGCCAGCGUGGGCAGCUGCCCCUGAAGAGGUCGGUCAGCACCGAGCGCUACGUGGAGACCCUGGUGGUGGCUGACAAGAUGAUGGUGGGCUACCACGGGCGGCGGGACAUCGAGCAGUACAUCCUGGCCAUCAUGAAUAUUGUUGCCAAACUUUUCCAGGACUCGAGUCUGGGCAAUAUUGUCAAUAUCCUGGUGACUCGGCUGAUUCUCCUCACUGAGGAUCAGCCCACACUGGAGAUUAACCACCAUGCUGGGAAAUCCCUGGACAGCUUCUGCAAGUGGCAGAAAUCCAUCGUGAACAGGAAUGGCAACGGGAACGCCAUCCCGGAGAACGGCAUAGCCAACCAUGACACUGCAGUGCUCAUCACCAGAUACGACAUUUGCAUCUACAAGAACAAGCCCUGUGGCACGUUGGGCCUGGCUCCCGUGGGCGGGAUGUGCGAGCGGGAACGAAGCUGCAGCAUCAACGAGGACAUUGGCCUGGCCACGGCCUUCACCAUUGCCCAUGAGAUUGGCCACACGUUUGGCAUGAAUCACGAUGGGGUUGGCAACAGCUGUGGCUCCCGUGGGCAGGAGACAGCCAAGCUCAUGGCUGCUCACAUCACCAUGAAGACCAACCCAUUCGUGUGGUCCACGUGCAGCAGGGAUUACAUCACCAGCUUCCUGGACUCCGGGAUGGGAUUGUGCCUGAACAAUGCUCCUCCCAAGCAAGACUUCAUCUACCCAACGGUGGCUCCCGGCCAAGCCUACGAUGCAGACGAGCAGUGCCGCUUCCAGUACGGAGUUAAAUCUCGCCAGUGUAAAUACGGGGAAGUCUGCAGUGAGUUAUGGUGUCUGAGCAAAAGCAACCGCUGCAUAACCAACAGCAUCCCUGCUGCCGAGGGGACCAUCUGCCAAACCAACACCAUUGAGAAGGGGUGGUGCUACAAGAGGGAGUGUGUCCCCUUCGGCACCCGGCCGGAGGGUGUGGAUGGUGCCUGGGGAGCCUGGUCAUCCUGGGGGGAGUGCAGCAGGACCUGUGGUGGAGGUGUGUCCUCAUCCCUGCGCCACUGCGACAGCCCACGGCCCACCAUUGGAGGGAAGUACUGCCUGGGCGAGCGGAAGCGCUACCGGUCCUGCAACACCGACGACUGUCCACCAGGCUCCCAGGACUUCCGAGAGCUGCAGUGUGCUGAGUUUGACAAUGUCCCCUUCCGAGGGAAGUACUACACCUGGAAAACCUACCGUGGAGGGGGUGUGAAAGCCUGUUCCCUCAACUGCCUGGCCGAGGGCUUCAACUUCUACACGGAGCGAGCAGCAGCCGUGGUGGACGGGACGCCGUGCCGGCAGGACUCCAACGACAUCUGUGUCAACGGGGAGUGCAAGCAUGUGGGCUGUGACCGUGUCCUGGGCUCUGACUCCAAGGAGGACAAGUGUCGUGUGUGUGGGGGAGAUGGCAGCUCCUGUGAGACCAUCGAGGGCGUCUUCAACCAGUCCCUGCCGGAGGGAGGUUAUGAGGAGGUGAUCCAGAUUCCCAAGGGCUCCGUCCACAUCGACAUCCGGGAGCUGAACCUCUCCAUCAACUACCUAGCUCUGAGAGGGGAGAGUGGUGACUAUUUCAUCAAUGGGAAGCUCUCCAUCGACCCUCCGCGCCGCUUCGACAUUGCAGGCACCACCUUCCACUACCAGAGAUCCCCAGAGGAGCCUGAGUCCCUGGAAGCCUUGGGACCCACCAACAUCACCCUCUUUGUCAUGGUCCUGGUGCGCACGGAGCUGCAGGGGAUCCGCUACAAGUUCAACGCGCCCGUCGGCAGGGACACCUCCAACCAGUAUUCCUGGCACUACACCCCAUGGACCAAAUGCUCAGUGCUGUGUGCAGGGGGAAACCAGAUCCAGUCUGUGGUCUGCAGGAAACUUUCUGAUGGCUCAACUGUCCCCAACCAUUUCUGCAGCCCUGAAACCAAAAUGCCAGAGAGACAGAGGCCGUGCAACUCCGAACCGUGCCCCCCGGUCUGGGUGACUGGGAACUGGUCUGAGUGCAGCCGGAGCUGCAACGAGGGCGUCCGCACCCGCAGCGUCUUCUGCAAGCGCAAGAUCUCUGCCACGGAGGAGAAGACCUUGGAUGAUGCUUCUUGCACCCACCCACGCCCCAAGAUGCUGGAGCCUUGCAACAACCAGACCUGCCCUCCAGAGUGGGUCGCCCUGGACUGGUCUGAGUGCACCCCGAGCUGCGGGCCGGGUUUCCGCCACCGCAUCGUCCUCUGCAAGAGCGGGGACCACAGCUCAACCCUGCCCACCUCCCAGUGCCACGAGGGCUCCAAGCCCCCCACCAGCAUCAGGUGCAACCUGCGGCGCUGCCCACCCCCGCGCUGGGUGACUGGCGAGUGGGGAGAGUGCUCGGCGCAGUGCGGCCUCGGCCAGCAGAGGAGGUGGGUGCAGUGUCUGGCCCACACUGGGCAGCCCUCCAGCGACUGCCCCGACAGCCUGCAGCCCCCCAGCACCCAGCAGUGCCAGAGCAAGUGCGAGUCGGGACCUACGGACAACCCUGAAGAGUGCAAGGAUGUGAACAAGGUGGCCUACUGCCCUCUGGUCCUGAAGUUCAAGUUCUGCAGCCGGACCUACUUCCGACAGAUGUGCUGUAAAACCUGCCAGGGGCACUAGGGACACGGCGGGACCCCCGUGGGAAAACUGGAAGGCAGAAGCUGCGCCGGAGGGGCCGCCGAGCCAGGCCCUUCCCCUCCGCCCCGGGCAUCUCCCCUGGGUCCAACACAGACACUGCUCGUGCUUCCAGUGGGAGCUGGUGUCACCCAAACCUACCCCCCCUCCCCAAAGACACACGCACCCUUUUGUCCCCCGAGCUCCCCAAUGGCAGGUUCCCAGUUAAACCACUGCCCGCCGCUGCAGGAGCCGGCCCAGGAGCGGUGGCGGAGGGAGCAGCUGGGCAGAGCGUGGCAGCAGGGACUUUACUUGAAAUUCUGACCUUGUUAUUUAUUAGUAGCAGACCCAGGGCCUGCAGGUGCCCAGAGAGCCACCCCGGAGGCACCAACUCACCCCGUGCCCGUGUCCCCAGGGGCCACCAGAACGGAGCGUCCCCAGGGAGGCUGGGCGAGCUGGGGGCUGCUGCCUGGCCCUGGGGGGCCCCUGGGGAGGCAGGGAGAAGGUUUCGGGGGCCAUGGGUGACAAGCGUGGCUUGUGGCUUCUGGGUGAUGGAUGGAGAUGAGCUGCUGUGGGGUUGGAGCAGGAAUUUUGGUGUCUUGGUUUGCAUCCUGUCACCUCGGCCACGCAGCAGGGGACAGAGAGCAGGCCACCCAGUGAGCAGGGCGGUGACACCAGUUUAACUGGGAGAGGGGGUUACUCAAACUCUCUUCACAACCUACUUUGGAUGGGGUGCCCCCCUAUUUUUCCUUAAAGCCCUUGUCACUAUUAUGAUCCUUUUUUCUUAUUCCAGAAACACCUGGAAGCUGGAGCUGAGGUCAGGGCCGGGGUGUGCUUGGGGUUGCAGUCACUUAACGGGCAUCAAGGAAGCCAAGGAGGACAUGGGACAAGAACUGUCUUGGUCACAGUGUCCCCAUUGCUGAGCUAUGACUCGGGACCAGUCUGUUGGUCCUGGCAGGGCCUUCUGCAACAAACCCCACAGCCUCCAAGGCUGCUUUGCCUCCAGAGGUGCUUUACUUCCAAAGGUGCUUUGCCUCCAAAAGGUGCUUUGCCUCCAGAAGGUGCUUUGCCUCCAAAGGCAGCCUCACCACAUGCUGCUGUGGCCUCGGGGUGCUGGUCCCGGUGCCACCCACUCCCCUGCCCCCAGGAGACCUCCAGUGAUGGGAAAAGAACAGGCUUUAAGUUCCUUCAGGUCACCUCUUGGCCAGAUCUGGGCCAAAACAGAUCUUCUCCACGGGCCAGCACAGCCUGCAGGGGAGACCUGAACUUCAAACCUGCAAAGCGUGUGUUUGUUAUUAUUAUUUUCAGGACUUCCUUGUCCAAAGCCAUGUUCACUUCCCUUUGAGGGGGGGUCAUCCAUGGGAUGCAGGGAGGUGGGCAGCCCUCUUUUCCCCAGAGCAAACCCCUCUGUCCUGCCAGCCCUCGUGUGUUCCUCCAUCACCUGGAUUUUUACCCACUCAUCAGCCGGUCGCAGCUUCUCUGGUGCUCAGCAAAUCCUUGGCUGGCUGGCGAGUGGGGCCCUUCAUGUGUCUUCCUUCCUGGUGCCAUGCUCCGUUCUGACGUGUUGGUGAGGGGAAGGGGGUGUUUUCACCUUUUUAUAUAGAUAUAUAUCUAAUGAAAAAAAAAAUAAAUGUUUAACAUACUAACUCUGAGGAGGAGCAACGUAACAGCAUGAGUUAUAAUAAAGGAGUAGCUACCAUC